ACUAAAGACUGAAGCACCGAGGAUCGUUACGGUUAAGAGGUACACUCGAACUAAGGUGUGUUUAGGUCUUGCCCGAGGAGUACUUUUCUCUCAGAAGUUGGAUUUUUACAAUGUUCGGAUAUUGAGCUGGAGGUCAGUCUUCGGGCUUCAGGAAAUAGCUUGAUUCAAAGGAUUCAGUGUCAAUUGAAACAAGAUGUCUGGAAGCGAGUUUGCCUCGUCUUCGUUUAACUCAUCUUACGGUAAUGGAUCUAUGGUUGAGGACCCUUUUCUGGAGGCUCCCCUGAAGCAGAUCCUCAUCACUGUCUUCGUUGUGAUCUUCGCUCUCAGCUUCUUCGGCAACAUCCUCGUCGUCUACGUCAUCGCGAGGAACAAGAGCAUGCACACGGUUACUAACUUCUUCCUGGCGAACCUAGCUCUUGCGGAUCUCCUAGUUGCAGUCUUCUGCGUGAUUCCGCAGCUCCUGUGGUACGUCCUCGACAGCUGGCCUUUGGGCUUGCUGAUCUGCCGCCUCCACAAGUACAUGACAAGCGCUGCAACAACUGCUUCGAUACUGAUCUUGACGGUAAUCUCUGUUGAGCGUUACAUUGCCAUUCUCCAUCCCCUUGAGACGAGAAGGGUCUUGACGACGCGACGACUGACCAUCACCGUCAUGCUAGUUUGGAUGCUUAGCGCGGUUGUGAACAUCCCCGUGGCACUCUUUUACAACCUCCUGCACUAUGGUGACAAGAAGUACUGCACUCCAAGCGAAUUGUCUGAGGGUGUAGCUCGCAUGCACACUAUCAUAUUCUGUGUGUUCUUCUACACGAUCCCGUUGAUCAUCAUGGCCGUGCUGUAUGGAAUUAUCUCCAGGAAGCUGUGGACUACGAGCACUGGAAAACGCGUCUUCAGUGGAGAGGACAGCGGGUUUCAAAGAGGUACGGGGUCUCGAUUCACAAGCCGCAUCACUGGUCGUUUUUCAAAGGCAAAGUCAAACGCCUCUAACCAUUCCAAUGCGAACAAUGCAGCAGGAAACAUUUACCGUCCAAACACUGACACGGAGGGUACGGUCGUCUUGGAGAUAGCGAAUGACGGGGACAAAAAGGAUGGCAAUAUCAAAUCGAAGUUAGAAGAGGUCAGCACUGGCCCAGCCAAGAAUCAGAAAAUAGGUCCAUUCUUUGUCGAUGAGCCAACUGAUGACCUAGAAUCUACUCCGGGUACAGAAAUGGAUGUGAAAGUUCCAUUGACGGCGAGCGAAGGAAACAAUAACUUGAAUGGUACCAAGGAAGAUACCAGCAACAUAACUGCCGUGUCUGGAUCAAAGCGUACUAGUCGCAAUGCACCCGAUCCGAAACUUACACGUAACCAAUCGAGUAUUUCCGUCGGGAAGGAUCGCUCCAGUAAACGAGCAAAUGAUGAUGUCUCCAGUGGACGUUCCCGAGGGAAAGGGCGCAGUAACGUCAUGGCGGCUAGAAAGAAGGUCAUCCGUCUUCUCGUUUUCAUCGUCGUUUCUUUCGCCCUUUGCCUAUUCCCAGUGCAGUUACAAACCUUCUGGCAGGCCUUUGGCCACAACAUUAUCCUGAACACUCAGGGCGGUAUCUACUUCCUGCCCUUUUCACAAGCCCUUUACUUUUUCAAUAGCGCCCUCAAUCCGUUCCUCUACGCGUUCUUCUCGGACAAUUUCCGCGCCAAGUUCAAACAGACGCUGAAGUUGGGCAAACAGACUAACCGCGCCAGCAUGACAUCAAGAUCCGCCCUUCAGCGGUUACCAAGCAUGACGUCUUACGCUCAAACCGAGACCGUGUAUGUAUCUACAUGAAUACACAACUGACACUCUUCAAGGAAUAAUAUGGGUUGAACUGAAUGGCUUGUUUUGUACGGGUAGGUAAACCAUAAAACAACCCUAUGGAGUAUUGAUUACGCAUCCAUUUUGUGACGUUUUACACCGAUCGAUCCUUUAUCAUUAUUAGGGAGUAUCAGAUAUCAAGAAGUGCAAUGAAUUUACAUUGAUCCAAAUUGAGGUUGGCAUUCGAACUGAUUUUACGUUAUCGCCGAAAAAAAAAUCAAAAGAAGUUGUAUGACCUGUCUCUAACUAAACAGAUCCAUUUGUAAUCAAACAACUUAUGAAAGGAUGUUGUAUGGAAGUAAUCUUUCUCUGAUUAUUGACAGAUAUGAACAUCCAUCUGGGACAAUUUCUUGGACCCUAUACAUGUACUGUUUACCUAUCGGUCAUGUAUACAUGCCUUUGAUGUGAUCGUGCAAUUUUGUGCAAACGUUACAUAUCGAUGUAUUCAAAUGGUACACUGCCAAA